AUUUACCAUCACGUGCAGUGCGUGGCAAUAGCACAUAUCAUCAUCCGCCCAUCCAUCAAACAGUCCAGCCAAGCAAUCAACCACAGCCUCGCCCCAACAGCACUAUGGGGCAAUCUCGGCCCUGCUCGACGGCAUCAGCGUGAACGAGAACUCAUCACUGAAUAGAGCAGGAUUUGUCGACCAUGUUUCAGUCGUUCACUGGCAACUCUCGCCGCCCGCGGCAGGUCAAUCUCGGCGGCCGCAACACCAACCCGUUCGCUGCGUUCCCCUCGGGCAGACAGCAGGGCCCCAACAGCCUCGGGCAGGCCCACGGACACGGAAAUGGGCAGGGCGCUGGAAACACACUGGCGAUCGCGCAGCAGGAGCGCUUGUUGCGGCAGCAGGAACGAGACCGGCUGGGAGCCAGCAGGGCGAUUCAGCGGACAUGGCGGGGCUACCGGAGCAGGAAGACAACACGCACAGCAUGGAGGAUCGAGUGGGAUGCCACGGAGAAGAGUCGACAGGGAGCAGGUCUACCGAUGGAGAAGUCGUUCGAAAGCCUGACGGAGACGGAUCUGUCGACUGUCGUUUCGUCAUCGGCGGUGCCCGGAUAUGCUACGGUGGACGACUGUCUGGCGCAGCUGCGGCUGCUGGUGCAGUUUCUGGAGCCGCCAAGGAGAGCCGAUGUGAUUCGGCUGGUGUAUUUUGGGAAUGUCUUUCAGAGGACCUUGCACGAGGCUCCGACGAUCGCGACCGAGGGCGAGUGGACGACGCUGCUAGUGCGUCUGACGCAGACGACGCUGCGAGUGCUGAACCUGGCGUCUGUGUCGACAUCGCCAGUUCCAGCUGCGGCGGUGGAUCACCUGUUAGGACUCCUGGUGUUUCUGACGAAGCUGAUUCCUAAACACAUCGCACGCAUCGCACGCGAGUACUAUACGGCUAUGGCGGGACUGACACGGAGCAUCGCCUCGCGGGACACAACGGAGUUGACCACUGAUACCCUGGUUCAUAGCGUGCUGGCGCUGUUGCAACCCAUCACGUCGGAGACGCUCACGGCGUACGGAUGGUUUGCGAGGAACUACUUGACGAUUCCAGGGCUACAGACGUACCUGGGGGGGUUGGACGAACUGGCAAGCAAUAUCAACUACAAACUGCUCACCUCGGCCCUCGAUCAGAACGAUCUGACACGAGAGAAAGGCGGUCCCUCGAAGCCCGAUGAUGUGGAGGCUCGUGUGUGGCUGCUGGCUUAUUUUAUCUUCUUCCACCGACAUGCCAUGGGUGACCAGGCCGGGCGCCACGCCCCGGAACCUGAUUUUGUGAAGACGGUAUCGGAGCUGCUUAAUUCCACAGCCAUUUAUCUCUCAAGGCGCCUGGAGAUGCAGGACAAUGCCACCGAUCUAGAUGCUCCGCCUCGGGAAACCCUGAGCCCGUUUGUCAAAGAGCAACUGCUGAGUCUAGUCCACCAGAACAGCAUCACGGGGCUUCUCUCGCAGCUGCGGUCAACACAUCUCUCCCAGGGGCAGCUGGCCAAUUCCCAAUCGGAAGCAUCCAAGGAAGCAAAGAUCCUAGCGACCUAUGCCCUGACCUUACUGAGGGUGUUUCCGCGUCGCGGGGAUGAUAUUCGGAUGUGGCUGUAUCUAGGCUCGGCCACCUCCGGGGCCGUGACAGGCACGCAGAGCGCCCGGAUCCCUGCCAUCAAGUACUUCUGGCAGGCUUCGAGAUGUAGCCGGGUGUUUGAAAUCAUCAGCGGGGACUCGAGCAACGUGCUGCCGCUGCUGAAACCUGCUAGCCCCCCUUCGUCUGACAGGUUCGUGGAUUUCCCCUCGGUUGAGCGUAACCAGGAAUGGACCAUCAUCCUUCUUUUCCUGGAGCUAUACACAUUCGUGCUUAAAGUCAUGGACGACGACGAGUUCUUCGCCAGCGAAUCUUCGUCGUUCACUGCCUCAUCCAACACCCGCAUUUCCUGGACAAAGGAAAGCGCUCUCCCGCUGCAAGACGUCAAGGAGAUGACGGUUUUUCUGAAGAAUUUGGCAUUCACCCUCUACUGGAACGCCGCAGACCUGAGCGAAAGCGAGCCCGUACCUGAGACGGGCACCAUCCGCAACUAUUUCAACUCCCAGGCUCCACCGCCAGACUCAAUCAGCAGCGUACGCGACCUCGAGAUGCGUAGCAAGGAUAAGGGUUUACCGGCGGUCACAGGGAUUCCGCUCGACUACUUUAAGGGGUUGGUGACAGGCUUACUACGGAUGAUCCAUGAACGAGACUCACGACGCAAAUUCCUCCCCGAUGGACACUGGUUGAUGACCAGCCGGUUUGAUAUGGAAGGGUUCAUCCCGGCGGUAGUGGCGGAAGAAGAGAACCGCCAUCAGCUGCAGGACGAAGACGAGGACGAUCCACAUGACCUGAUGGACGAGGAUGGGGACAGUGGAUACAUGUUUUCGGAAGGGCUUGUGGGAACGGGGCGCGCGCAACAUGCAAGACGUAUUGAAGCGCUACGCCGGCGGCAGCAGAAGGUGGCGCGGCGCAAGCAGCUAGAAGCCGUGGCUCCGCGGCUGGAGAUCCUGCGCAACAUGCCCUUCUUCAUCCCCUUCGCGACGCGGGUGCAGGUCUUUCGCGAGUUCAUCUACCGGGACCAGAUGCGGCGGCGACAGGGGUUCAUCGACCCGGACGCAUGGCGAAUGUCAGUGGCGCAGGCGUCGAUGGGGCGGAUGGUAGAUGGGCGGCCGACGGCGCACGAUAUUCUGAGCCGACACCACGCGAACAUCCGACGGGAGCAUGUGUUUGACGACGCGUUUGAUCAGUUCUACGCGUUGGGCGAGAGUCUCAAGGAACCCAUCCAGAUCAGCUUCAUCGACCAGUUCAACACGGUGGAGGCGGGAAUCGACGGCGGCGGCGUGACCAAGGAGUUCCUGACGAGCGUGACCAACGAGGCGUUCAAGGCUGCGGACUCGCCCGCGCGCGAGUCCCAUCUGUUCGAGGAGAACGACCAGCACCUGCUGUUCCCCAACCCGGCGGCGGUCGAGCAGCGGCGCGAACUGCUGCGCCAGGUGGGCUACGUCGAGGGCAGCCCGGAGUGGAACGAGCGCGUGCGCGAGUUGCUCCGCCAGUACGAGUUCCUCGGCCGGAUUGUGGGCAAGUGUCUGUAUGAGGGGAUCCUGAUCGACGUCAACUUUGCUCCCUUUUUCUUACUGAAAUGGGCGCUGACGGGCGGCUCGGGGGCUGCGCAGAAGGAAUCGGCCUACCGGGCGAACCUGAACGAUCUCAAGGAUCUGGACCAGGGAUUAUACCAAGGAUUGAACUACCCCGACGAUGUAGAAGACUUUUCCCUCAAUUUCACCGUCAGCGACACGAUCCCACUGCCCGACUCCAAGACGCGGACCCUGACGCGCGACCUGAAGGCCGACGGGUCGAACAUUCCGGUGACGAACCAGAACCGGCUGGUGUACAUCUCGUACAUCGCGCGGUACCGGCUGCAGGUGCAGCCGGCGCUGCAGACCAACGCCUUCCUGCAGGGACUGGGCCAGAUCAUCCAGCCGUCGUGGCUGUCGAUGUUCAACCAGCCGGAGCUGCAGACGCUGGUCAGCGGGCAGUCCGGGGAGAUCGACGUGGCCGACCUGCGGCGCCACACCCUGUACGGGGGCGUGUAUACGCUGGGCGACGACCAGCAGGAGCACCCGACCAUCCGGCUCUUCUGGGAAGUGAUGGAGGAUCUCAGCAACGCGGACCGGCAGAAGGUGCUCCGCUUCGUCACUUCGACACCACGAGCGCCGUUACUGGGCUUCAGCCACCUGCACCCGCGCUUCAGCAUCCGCGACUCCAGCAGCGACCAGGACCGGCUGCCCAGCACCAGUACGUGCGUCAACCUGCUCAAGCUGCCGCGUUACGAGACCGCGGCGACGCUCAAGGAGAAGCUGCUGUAUGCCGUCAACGCGGGGGCGGGGUUUGACCUGAGCUAGAGUCUGACCAUAGCGAUAGAGACUAGCUAAUAAGAAUAGUAUCGUCGUAUAACUAAAUGGCAAUACUAUUAGUAUGGCGAUGUUGUAGUCUUACUAAUAACCCUAUUCGGCUAGCGC